AUGUUUCACAUCCCUGGCAAUGACUGCCUAGCCAAGUCGAGUGCCAAGUCGCACCCCUGGAAAAAGAUCAGAUUGCAUUGGGACCAGAGACGGGCGCAUGCACAGUGGCACACAGAGAACGACCCCAAGAAAGCGCAGCGCAUCUUCCGGCGUUUUCUUGAGCAGGGCUCAGAGGCUGGCAUCGGGUUGUUUGACCCGUCCGUCCUGUGUGCAGCAGGAGCAGUGGACCCGGCAACAGCGAUGUCCGUCGUGGCCAUGCAGGUCAAUUGCCCACUACUACAAGUCGCACCAUCGGAGGAGCUUCGAGACCAGUGCGCUGAGCUCCUGAAGGCCAUCAAUGACCUCCCCACGACGGUUGGGCGACAUCUGGACUCUGUCCAGGCAAUCUUGCUCGAAGAGAAGGAUGAGGAAGCCUUCUUCAUCCGAAUACUUGUGCCUCAUGACACCGGCACUCAAAAUUCGGCCGAGGUACGUGAAGUCGAUAUACAGCUGCCUCCAGGCUCGACGCUGGGUGACCUCCGGGCAGCAGCUUUGCAGAUGUGCAGCGGCUUCGGGUUUGGCAGCGCUUUGCCUCGCUUGUUUUGUCGUGGCGUCUUCAUAGCCGGCUCCAACUCGACUAGUUUGGCUUCUUUGGACAUAGAUUCAGAGGUACCACUCCAGUGUUUGCCAAGCAACACGGCACGAAGCCUGGAGCCUUCUGAACAGGCUGUGUGUGCAUUGAGAGGGCUCAGGAUGGCUUGCACUAAGCUGACGUGA